AUGCCGACCUUGUCCCUCACCAAUUUCAACAUUGUGUGUGCCGUCCUCGGAGGCUUUAUCACAGUCUUUGGCCUUGUGAGUUACUUGUUCAAAGAGCGAUUCUAUCUUUCCGAAGCGUUGAUUUCGCUUGUGGCCGGUGUCAUCUUUUCUCCCAAUGCCACCGACCUCAUAAGGCCCCUCGAGUACGCCGCCGGCUCCGAAGACAACCUCGACUACAUCACGCUCUACUUCACUCGCCUCGUGCUAGGCGUUCAAUUGGUGCUUGCCGGCGUGCAGCUGCCUAGCAGGUAUCUUUACACGGAAUGGAAGCCCCUCGCCUUGCUCCUCGGUCCCGGAAUGUGUGGGAUGUGGGUGUGUGCCAGUCUGCUUGUAUGGGCCAUGGUCCCGCAUCUGAGCUUCCUCCAUGCUCUUGCCAUCGGGGCAUGUGUCACCCCGACCGAUCCCGUGCUGUCCAACUCGAUCGUCAAGGGCAAAUUUGCGGACAAGAACAUUCCCAAACCAUUACAGAAGAUCAUCAUCGCAGAGUCAGGCGCUAACGACGGACUCGGCUAUCCGUUCUUGUUCCUGGCGCUCUACUUGAUCAAAUACACUGAACACGGGGGCGCAGGCCAACCAGGAGGCGCAGCUAAGGCUAUGGGAUACUGGUUUGGAGAAACGUGGGGAUACACCAUUCUGUUGAGCGUUGUCUACGGCGCGGUCGUGGGCUGGCUCGCAAAGGAACUCUUACACUUUGCCGAGGAGAGGAAGUUUGUGGAUCGCGAGAGUUUUCUCGUGUUUGCCAUUACAUUGGCGCUCUUCAUCACUGGCACGUGUGGGAUGGUGGGCUCAGACGACGUCCUGGCUUGCUUCAUUGCAGGGAAUGUGUUUACUUGGGACGACUGGUUCCGGCUCGAAACACAAGACGAUUCUCUUCAACCGACGAUUGACAUGUUGCUCAACAUCUCGGUCUUCCUCUGGUUUGGCGCCAUCUGCCCCUGGGCAUCGUUUCGAGAAAACCAUGUCAUUCCGAUUUAUCGAUUAAUCCCGCUGGGGAUUUUAAUCUUGCUCUUCCGCCGAAUCCCAGUCGUCUUUGCCAUGCACCGAAAGAUACACCAGAUCGAGGAAUUCCAGCAGGCGGCAUUUGUGGGCUUCUUUGGCCCCAUUGGGGUAUCGGCCAUAUUCUAUCUCUAUGUUAGCAUUGAUUUUCUCCGCCAGGUCAAAGUUGACGGGAGGGUGCGUCAAGAUGCAGUGCGGCUCGAAGAGGUCAUGAGGGUGGUAAUUUGGUUUUUGGCCAUCUGCAGCAUCGUCGCUCAUGGUCUUUCAAUCCCUCUGGGCAAGUUGGGCUAUCAUCUUCCGCGGACCAUGUCUCAAGCUCUCAGCAGUGAGCGGGAGGACGACGAGCCAGAUAUCCACCUCGGACCGUCGCCUCAUCGCAGGUCGACAAGUCAAUUGCGGCACAGGAAAGGCAACGGCCGCAGGGACAAGUCUCGGCCCCCAAGUCCAGGCGCGUUUAUGAUCGGGCAAGGAAACACAACAAGAUCAACCACGAUGGAUCUGGAAAGUGCUCAGGAGCCUGCUCGGCCCGUUCGCAUUAUUGAAGACACACCAAGGGGAGGGUCCCCGGUGGCGGUGGUGUCGGCGACCUUGGAACAGCGUACAAGGGCCGGAGAGCAGCUUGAGAGCCGCGGAAGAGAGAGGGCGGACUUGAAGCACUCAGGAGAAAUAGAACCCAGCGAGUAG